AUGUGGUCGUCUAUUGGACUUGUCGCCUUCGAGUUUUUCUUGGCUUUCCUCCCAUUGUACAACAUUUUGCCAAGCUCUCGUUUCUGGCCACACUUGGUAGCGGGAUGGCGGGUGAUUGUCGGCUGGUUCACCCAACAGCAACAACGAGUCGUCCCUGUCGCGCAAAUCAUCCCACUCACCGCCGAUCAACCCAGCUCUUCUUUACAAGUUAUGUCCUCGAUUCGUGUGCCCACCGCUGAGUGUUUCGAAGCGUAUGGCGGCUCGGCUACGACUGAUCCCUGUGCCUCACCGUUGUCGUCUUCGCGAUCUCGUUUGGCGGAUUUGGUCCGAGAUGGCCAUCUCUCUAUGGACGAGGAGGAGCCCACCGCCGACGAGAGGUUGAACGAUUCAUCUGAACUUCUCGACGCAUUC